CUUUGCCAGGCGAAUGUGCCGUAAAGCGAGGCCGACUGCCGGACAAAACGGCUGAUUUAAAUAAGCGCGUUCGGGGUUAAAUCAACAAAUAAACAAAAGAAAUAUAACCCUUUCGGCUAUAGAGACGGUGACCGCUUCGCUGUCUCGCCUGGACCGAGGGGCUAGAGGAGGAGACGGGGGGAUAAGGGGAGGAGGAGGAGGGACAGGAUAAUGAGCUAUUCUUGUACCAGCGCAGGCAACAGCCAGGACGCAUCGAGCUGUAAUAAGAAGUGCGGCGGCGGCGUUAAUCCCGCCAGUCGCAGCGGCACCGGACACAUCGAUCCCAGUCCCAGCGACGGCGAGUCGAGCUCGAACCUUGAACCAGAGGAGGCCAUGAAAGUCAAGAAGGGCUGCAACACCACGGACGUGGGAGUCCCCGUCACCACCGAGGAGGAACUGCUGGCCAACACCAUCAUCACCCCGGAGGACGUGCUGGGAUUGCAGAAGAUCACGGAAAACUACUUGUGCAGUCCAGAGGACAACGUAUACAACAUUGACUUCACACGCUUUAAGAUAAGGGACAUGGAGACAGGGACAGUGCUGUUUGAGAUCACAAAGCCUCCAGUAAUGGACAAAGGUGGAGAGAAACGAGACGUUGAUCCCAGCGCUGGAAGAUUCGUUCGAUACCAGUUCACUCCAGCGUUUCUGCGCCUGCGUCAGGUCGGAGCCACUGUCGAAUUCACCGUGGGUGACAUUCCCAUCAAUAAUUUCCGCAUGAUCGAGAGGCAUUACUUCCGCGAUCAGCUGCUGAAGAGCUUUGACUUCGAGUUCGGCUUCUGUAUCCCGAGUAGCAAGAACACCUGCGAGCACAUCUACGAGUUCCCGCCGCUCUCGGAGGAGAUCAUGCGCGAGAUGAUCCUUCACCCCUACGAGACGCAGUCCGACAGCUUCUACUUUGUGGACAACAAGCUUGUCAUGCACAACAAAGCAGACUACUCAUACAGCGGAGGUCCCUAAGAUGGCAGCUUUUAAGGAAGCCGACCCGGAUGCUUCGGCGGUCCGGUCCGGCUGACCUCGAGCCCGGCCCACGUGCGUCUGUGUGCACCGAUCACGCUCUCCCUGAAUUUGUGUCAUUGACGUGGUGAUGCCUGUCUGUGUGAGACCUGUGAUUAGAUGACCAUGACCUUUCACACCUACUGUAUAUACAUAUCAUAAAUGUCUUUAAAGAUUUUUUUUACAACACACCAGCAAAAAAAUAUGAUUUGUUUGGUAAUUAUUUGGAUAUUAAUGGAUAUCUUUUAUGGGAAAAGCGGAUUUAAAUUCUACGGUUAGUUGUAUAGCCAAAUAUGGCAAAUAUGGCACUGGGAGGGUGAAGGUUAUGAUUAGGGCUAUAUGCUUGACUGCUCCACUGUGUGUGUGUGUGUGUGUGUGUGAGAAAGAGAGAGAGAGAGCGAGAGAGAGAGAGAGAGAGAGAGAGAGAGAGAGAGUGAUUGAUUGGGUAAGGUUUUAUGCUGUGAGACUCCUGAUUGUUUACCGGAGAGUGCAUUUGAGCGUGCAUGGCACUGUUACAUAUCGAUUAACAAACAUGAGAUUCAAUUCUAUUCAAGUCAUUUCCUCAGAGUGAGAUUUAGUAUCUGUAAAGUUAUCCAUGAAACAAUAGUAGAGCACUUCUUCUUUUUCUUCUUCUUCUUCUCCUUCUUCUUCUUGACAUGUUGCAUUGUAUACGGUGAGAUAAUAUUUGCAUUUCCACUGCCUCCAUCUUUGUGAUCACAUGUAACAUAUUCAUCGUAUACCAAUUUAUCACCUCUUUUCGAUGUCUGUGCAAUGUUCUAGCCCUGUCUGCUUAGUAUCCAGGUUUUUCAAUAAGGAAAUAAAGAUCAAAUAGUCCUGUUAAGGAGGGACAGAAUAGGAAAGCAUCAUGUGCGUUAAAGGCAGUGACAUCAUUUCCUGUCGGGUUUGUUUGAUCUCGUUUUUUUUUUCAUUAACAAAUGGCUUUUUUAUUAGAUUAUUCUUAAAAACCUUCUCUCUACUAGGUCUACUCUACUGUUAUAGAUAUGAUAGAGAGAGAGAGAGAGAGAGAGAGAAAGAGAGAGAGAGAGAGCACUAUUUCGAAUCUCUUUCUCCAUCAAGCAUUCCUUCAAUCAAUCACACAUUCCAGCGAGUUCGGUUCCUUUUGGGUGUUUACGUAUAGAGCAGGACGUAGUAUUAGCCUUUUAUCUAAGGACGUGUCGUAUCUCUUCUACGAUUCAUUUAUUUGAAAAAAAAACAACAACAACAACAACAAAAAACCAGAAGUGAAUUUAGAAGAAUUUAAGGAAUCGUGUCUGUUUUUAUUUUAAAGGCUCAAAAUGAGUUCUUGAAUAAUGUUUCUAGUUCAAUCUUGUAACAGCUUUAUUUAUGAUUGUGAUUUACUGUACAUUUUGAGAGAGAGAGAGAGAGAAAAAAAAAAACAAAGUGUAAAGUUUGGGAAUAAAAGAAAUAAAUGUAUAUGUGACUUUUUGA